UAAAUGGGAUUAAUUCAGAUCCACAGCAAAAUUCACUGGGUAGUUCCUUGGGUUAUGCCCCACCCCUCCACAAAAUGUAAUGGGAAUUGGUGCAGUAGUUUUUGAGUAAUUCUGCUAACAAAUAAAUGCAGAUGAAAACAUAACCUCCUUGGCAGAGGUAAUGAGAAAAAAAGGGACAUAUGCAAAUAUAGACAUUAUUAAUAUGAUCUAACUUGAUGUGAAAUUCAAUAAUUCUUAGUGAAAUUCAACUACACUGACACACUUAAUGAAAACAAAGAGAUAAUAUUGUGAGCUAUAGAAAAGCAGUCAAAAGGCACAAUAUACAUUUACCACCAGUUAUUGCUCAACCACCACAGAGAUUGUAAGGAUUGUUUAAGCGACUGCACAGUAAUAAAAAACAGACUCAACACAGAGGAGGAGCAAGGAGCCGAGUUGAUGUUUAAAGGCGUAGUCAAAUGGAAACAGACUGUGGUGAGAAUCCAAAAGAAUCUGCUCCUAUACAACCAAAAACUAAAAGACUGGAAACUGGUAGACGAGAGGGAAAUCUUUUCCAGCUGCAGUUUAGUAGAGUCAGGAUCGCUUCAGAGGAUAAAAAAUAAGUACAAUCUAAUCUAAAUAUAAAAAGUUUGUUUACACACAGAAAAAGAAGAGCAUUCAAUAGUGUGUAAAAGUUAAAGAAAUGCUGUCCAGGGUUAUCUCUGUCUAUCUGAUGGUGUGGGUCAGUUCUUGUGCCUUCACCUCAGCAGACCAGUACUUGACCAGAGCUCUGAAGCUGAUGUCUGAGACGCCACUCAUCGAUGGCCACAACGACCUGCCAUGGCAGCUUCUAAAGCAAUUCAACAAUGAGCUCAGCAAAGUGGAUCUCAACACCCUCCAGAAUACACACACCAACAUCCCCAAGAUCAAAGAGGGACGGCUGGGAGCGCAGUUCUGGUCAGCCUACGUUCCAUGUGAGACUCAGUACAAAGAUGCCGUCAGACAAACACUGGAGCAGAUCGAUGUGAUUCAGAGGAUUUGCCAAAAAUACCCAGAAACCUUCAUGUUCGCCACCAGUAGCAAAGACAUCAUGGACGCCUUCAACAUGAACAAGACAGCCAGUCUGAUCGGGGUGGAGGGGGGUCAUUCUGUAGACAGCAGUCUGGGCACCCUCCGCACCAUGUACCAGCUGGGGGUCCGCUACCUGACUCUCACACACUCCUGCAACACACCGUGGGCGGAUAACUGGCUUGUUGACACUGGAUCAGAGCCAUCUGAACACAAUGGCCUGUCUCCAUUUGGCAAGCAACUGAUAGUGGAGAUGAACCGGCUGGGGAUGCUGAUCGACCUGGCUCAUGUGACUGUUGCCGUCAUGAACCAGGUGCUGGAUAUGUCCAGAGCUCCCGUCAUCUUCAGCCACUCCUCUGCCUACAGCAUCUGUCCGCAUAAGAGGAACGUCCCUGAUGAUGUUCUCAAGAGAGUCAAUCAAACCAGAGGAAUCGUCAUGGUGAACUUCUACAACGACUAUGUGACCUGCAGCAAGACCGCGAAGCUCUCGGAUGUUGCUGAUCACUUUGACCAUAUCAAGAAAGUGGCCGGGGCGGGUAUCAUCGGUUUUGGCGGAGAUUAUGACGGAGUAACCAGAGUACCUGAGGGUCUGGAGGAUGUGUCCAAGGUUCCCAAUCUGGUGGCUGAACUGCUGAGAAGAAAAUGGACCGAUGAAGAGGUUAAAGCUGCUCUGGGAAACAACCUGCUCCGCGUCCUGAGAGAGGUCGAGAAGGUCCGUGACAGCCUGAAUGGUGCCAGUCCAGAUGAUGUUCCUAUUCCAUAUGAGGAGGUGAAGAACCCGUGCAGGACGAGCUACUUCUUCCCCAGCUCCGGAGCCGUCCACUCCCACAGUGCACUGGGCCUCCUGCUCACACUGGCUCUGCAGGCUCUUAUCACAUUAACAGUGUAAAUGAUUGAGGCAGUUUGUCCAUAUAU